GCGACGACCAGCUCAUCUCAUGUUCUCACUGUUACUGUUGCUCCUGUGAUGCACUACGGUUGUCCAUUUCACCAACAAGACGCAAACACGUCAUAGGAGCUACAGCAUUGCGGAAUUUCGAAAGCUCAAGCACUCAAUGCCCGUCGACCACAGCCUACGUAACACCGUAAUCUUCCUUGCCAUUUUCAUCCUCGCCUUCUUCCCCUCCGCCUUCCAUCUCCUCAUCAAGCCCCUCACUCUCCCAUUCGAGUACCUCAUCAGACCACCAUACGAAACCCGCCAACUCCUCCCAACUUGCGCCUGUUGUCCGCCAGCGGCCUGCUACCCCACCACCACCACAGCACCACCCACAACCGCAACCGCUCCAACCAUGUCCUGGACCCAAAAACACAUCACCCUCCCCUCCCACUCCCGCGGCACACACCUAAUCACCGACACCGUCACCUCCUCCCUGCCGGAAAUAGCCUCCUACCGCGUUGGCCUGCUGCACCUCUUCAUCCAACACACCUCAUGCGCGCUCUCGCUAAACGAGAACUGGGACGAAGAUGUUCGAGCGGAUAUGAGCGAUGCGCUGGAUCGGUUAGCACCGGAAGACCGGAAAGGGGAUUUGUACAGGCACAGCGCUGAGGGAUUAGAUGAUAUGCCGGCGCAUAUCAAGAGUGUUUUGGUGGGCGCGACUGUUUCUAUCCCUGUUAGCGAGGGAAGGUUAGCGUUGGGGACUUGGCAGGGUAUUUAUUUGCUUGAGUUCAGGGCGGCGAAGCAUAGUCGGAAGGUUGUGGCUACUAUUCAGGGGGAGAAGAAGUGAGCGGGUGGUCAGAGUGGCUAAUGGCAUGGUAAUGGCGUCGCAAUGGGUGCCUGGAUAUUGGUUGUCAAGCACGGCGCAAAGGCUCCAGUUGCGCGGACGCUUCGAGGUGAAUUGGCUAAAUACAAUUGCUGUCUGCGCGAGCUGCUCUAUCUCUGCUCGAGCGGCAGGCCGGUGUUGCUCUGCAGCUGCUCCGUCGAACCCGUCUUCGGCGCGAAAUGAUCGGCAGGAAGCGCGGCAGGAUCGUCUGUAGGCCCAAGGGGGUAUGAGGUGCUCGGUAGACUCUCGAGGUACUUGCGGUGGUGCUCGUGUGC